CCAGUCCCUGCUCGUCUCGACGUGUCCUCCUGCACACACCACCAUUGAACAACAGUCCAUGAAAAAACACCUACUGAGCCAUUGACUACCACCGAUUCUUGUCCCACCAUCACGAGUCGCCCACUUCACUGCCCCUACUCAGUCUGGGCCGUCCCUUCCACUGCCUGCAAUUGUCUCACAUCGUCCGCUGGCCGUUUUCCUUGCGUUUUCCGCUAGACGAUUCCCCUACUAGGCGAGCCCUCGUCUACUGUCACACAUCUUCUUAGAUCCCACGCCACCAUGGACUCGCUGUACGCGUACGAGUCGCCCUCCAUGAGCCAGAACUCGCCUAUGAUCAACUACAGAAAGGACGCCAAAAAAGGCGUCAAGUUCACCUUCAUGGUUGUGGGUGAACUGGGCACUGGAAAGACCACGUUCAUCAACAGCUUGUUAAACAAGAAGGUGUUGAGUCACCGCUACGAGGCAGCCUCAGGUCAUGCCAAAACCGUGGGCGAAACCAAGACCUUGACCUUCACGUCCGCCAAGUCGGUGGCGUUGCCAAACACUGCCAUUCUCACCAAACACGAGUUCAACCCCCGUACCGUCAACGAAGAGCCGGGAAUCGCGUUGACAGAAACCAAGGUCGAGAUGAUCGACGACGACAACAUGAAGUUGUUGUUGAACAUCAUCGACACCCCGGGAUUUGGUGAGAACUUGAACAACGAGCUCUGCUUCGUGGAGAUCGAAAACUACUUGAAGCAACAGUUCGACUUGGUGUUGGCCGAAGAGACCCGUAUCAAGAGAAACCCGCGUUUUGUCGACACCCGAGUGCACGUCUUGUUGUAUUUCAUCACUCCUACUGGUCAUGGUUUGAGAGAAAUCGACAUCCAGUGCAUGAAGAGAUUAUCCAAGUACGUCAACAUCAUCCCCGUAAUCGGCAAGGCCGACUCAUUCACCGAGUCGGAAUUGAAGCAUUUCAAGACCCAGAUCAAGAUCGACAUCAAGAAGUUUAACGUGCCUAUCUUCCAAUUUGACAACUACUUGAACGAGUAUGACGAAGAUGAGGACCAUGAGUUGAUCCAGGAGUGUAAGUUCUUGGCAAACCUUCAACCCUUUGCUAUAAUAUCGUCUGAACACGAGUUCGAGGUCCGCGACUCCAGAAAUGGCCAGACCAGAAUAAUUAAAGGAAGACAGUAUCCUUGGGGUUUGGUGGAUAUAAACGACCCCAAAUACAGUGAUUUCCCGAUCUUGAAGUCGGUAAUCUUGGGCUCCCACUUGCAAGACUUGAAGGACUUGACCCACGACUUCUUGUACGAGACCUACAGAACCGAGAGAUUGACCAAGGUCACUGCUGGCUCCAACGGCAAGAAUGCCGCAGAGGAAGAGUACGAUGACAGCGAGUUCCACGACACUGUGGAGCACCACCAAGACAACUCCACCAAAAACUCCAACCACUACUACAACGACACGGUGCCUUCCAUGUCCAAUUUGGCCCAGAUCACCAAUGCAUCAGGCAGUGAGUUGACUGAAGCCAAUGGCGACGACUCAUCGAUUACGUCGGCCGACUCAUCUGUCAAGAAGUCCAAGUCGAUGUUGUUGGAAGACGAAUCCAAUGAAAUGCCAUCUCCCAAAUUGAAGGACAGUCCUUCUUUCUCAUCUUCCACUUCCACGUUAUCGUUGGAGCACCACGUCCCCCACACAAACUUUAACAAGAGUGAAUACCUUCCCCCACCCAGAAACCUCAACCCCAACAACACUGCAUUCAAGAGGUUGUCGAUUGGCCCUCAGCGCAACCAGUUGCGUCAAAUUUCCGAGACCGUUCCUUACGUGAUAAGACACGAAAGAAUCUUGGAGAGACAACAGAAAUUGGAAGAAAUGGAGAUGGCCAGUGCAAAGGAGUUAGCCAGUAGAGCCGCAUUGUUGGAGCAAAAGGCCGCCGAGUUGAAGGCCAAGGAGAAGUCGUUAAUGAAGAGGUUGGAGCUCGAGAGACAAAGAAAGUUAGCUGUGGAAAGCCCCACAAAGAGCGAGUCUACCGUUGAAGAUCCCCCAGUCGCGGAGGACCAGUCCUUGGCGGAGACCGAAAGUGUAAACACUCUUGGUAGGGCAGAAACCGACACAGAGGCAUAGUGUUAUUUUUAUACUGAUGUACAGUUGUUUUUGAGCAGGAUGUAGAGGUCGUGGAGUAGUGAGUUUUCUGAUAUAUCAACCUUGAAUGAUUCAACUAAGCUCAAGGUUUAUUAAUCCUUUCCGGUCCGUUAGCUACUGCCCAAUGAUGGCUAUCAAUUCACCUUGGGUGGAGCUUGGCGUCCGUUUAAGAUUGCAUUAAGUACUUCUUUUCAAUAAUAGUAUGUUGAAUAUGUUAGAAAGACUCUUCAAAAG